GUGGAUUUAUCCUACAUCCGUCGUAACAAUCGCUGGUUUGGGUGCAGGGGCGUCGGUGGCUGUUAACGAAGUUUGCGCUAAUUAAACAAAAGCACAGAAAUAAGCCUUACUUUCGUCUCUCCCAGUCGUUCUCUAGCACGUGCACUCUUGUGAAACUGCCUAAACGGUAGCUACCUACAUUUCCACAUAGCCAAUGCUGAGUAAGUUAACGCAACUAGUUGGCUAGCUAGCUCACCAGAAAAAGAUAGUCAACCAAACAAACGGAAUUCUCCUGUAAAUUUUAGUUGUUGUAAAAACACAGUCUACUUUUCCGUGCAGUUUCAGGAUAUAGACACACUUGGUAUCUUUGAUUAAAAAAGGAAUGAUCGUCGCCUCUGGAGGAAAUUCAGAGCUAGAAAUGGAGGACUUGCUGGAAAAGAUAAAAGAAAUGCAGCAAGGAAAACAAGUUCUGGAAGAAGAUUUGAAGCAGGCUCAGUUGCUCAGAAAAAAUCUUCAAAAGGAACUUGAUACUUUGCAUGCCAAGCAGUACCAAAUGGAGGCGAUUGAAAAGGAAAAAGAAGAGUCUUACAAGGUCCUGCAGUUCAAGUGUGAUGAGCUGGAAUGUGAAGCAAAGAGACUGCUUCAGCUGAACAGCAAGAGUGAGGCGCUCAUAGAGCAGUACACCUUUCAAAUCCAGGAGGCCAGAUUAAAACACAGAAAACAACGGAUGAAAUUUGAGAAUCAGCUUCAACAACUGAUUGAGCAGCAUAAAAAUCUGUAUUCAGUUUAUUCCCCUGACAGACUACCUUCAGAAAUUGAGAAUCUUGAAAAUGUCAGACUACAACUUUUGAAAGCAGAACAGGUGAAGCUGGGACAGCUGAAUUGCGUUGCUGAGGAGAUUAAGCAGGCACUAUCAGACACCAAAGCCUGAAUUCCUAAAAAAGAUGGCUGCAUAUGCUGCAAGCGUGUAUUCUAGUUUGUUUUCCUGUUAAUAUUCAGAUUGUUGCUGAAUAUUAUUAAAUUAAGCUGUAUAGUUGCAGAAAUACAGUCAAAUUAAAUUGUAUUUAAUUGACCCUUUUAGCACUGUCCGUUCCCAAUUGCUUCCUUUCUGUUUUUCUCUGUUCUUGAAAUUCUGGUGUA